UCUAGGUUUAUCAUUAAAACAGGAUCCCUCUUCUCUCUCUUCGUUUCCUUUCAAACUGGGUGCGAGAGAGCGCGAGAGCUGCUACAACGGAGCCUAGAGAGAGAAAAGGGCAGGCACAAGAAAUCUUCUCGAAUCUAGAGGGAGAGACGCUCCGGAUUUCCAGCGUAUUUAUCUCUCUCAAGCCUAUAGACGUACGUAUUUUAUUCAUGCUCCGCAUUUCUGAGCUCCACCCGCCAUGGCUAAAACCCGCCCACCCAAGAAAUGCCUCGACUCCUUCACCAUCAAAGGCAUUAACAAGAUAGUUAAAGCGGGUGACUGUGUUUUGAUGAGGCCAUGGGAUUCAGGGAAGCCCCCUUAUGUGGCCAAGGUUGAGAAGAUCGAGACUGAUAGCCGAAACUCGAUUAGGGUUAGGAUUCGGUGGUAUUACAGACCUGAGGAAUCGAAAGGGGGGAGACGCCAGUUCCAUGGAGCUAAGGAAUUGUUCCUCUCUGAUCACUAUGACGUUCAGAGCGCUGAUACGAUUGAAGAUAAGUGCACUGUUCAUACUUUCAAGAAUUACACAAAGCUCACUUCGGUAGAAAACGAGGAUUACUUUUGUCGAUUUGAGUAUAAUUAUGCGACUGGUGGUUUCACCCCUGAUAGAGUGGCAGUCUUUUGCAAGUGUGAAAUGCCUUACAAUCCUGAUGAUCUUAUGGUCGAGUGUGAGGGUUGCAAUGACUGGUUUCAUCCCGCUUGUAUAAGUAUGACCCCAGAAGAUGCGAAAAGGUUGGAACAUUUCUUUUGCGAAAAUUGUUCUCCAGAUGAUGAUGUGAAGAGGACACGCAAUUCUCGUAAUUUCUCCAAACACUCGGAGAUCAAGCAUGUGAUUUAGGUGGAGUCAAAACGUCGGAGGAGAGAGAAGUCCUGAGAAAGCAAAAUGUUAACAUGGAUGGCAGCUUUCUCAUUCUGAAGGCCUCCAAACACUUGAAGGGCACUUAUUUUAAAAGGGGAAAGAACAGUCGAGCCAGAUAUGUGCAGAACAAUUGUGAGCAGGUAUUUAUCUUUGGUGCACAGUAAAUGCAAAUCUAAACUGACGUUUGAAGCUUUUUGAAUUAGGUUGUAAAGUUUGGUUGCAGUAUUUCUCUGGUCAAGAAGAGAGUUGUUGUGGUCCAUAGAGUGUGGUUUUGUAACUUUAUGAAUGUGAAGUGGAUGGAGUGCCAUGAGAGACUUUGUUUAUAUGUUUCCUUAUUGGUUACCAAGUUGAUUAGCUUGGCUGUAUGCCUAUUAUUGUUCGUAAGCCACGAACUGUUGUAUAGCCAGCUAUAAAUAAUAACUUUCUUGGUUGUUGAUA